AUGUCUUUAUUAAAAUCAAUCACUUCAUUAAAUUCAAUUUCAAAAAAAUCAAAUUCCAAUAAUAUAGUAAAUAAUAACAAUAAAUUUUUACACAAUUAUUCAGAAUCAUCAACAUCAUGGUGUUUAAUAUUCCAAUACACAGGAAAAAAGACUUUCCUUGCAUGUAUUUGA